GAUCUCGAUAGAAAAGAAGUGAACAAUAUGUGUUUAAAUUCUAUCACCAAAAAAAAUAUGUGUUUAAAUUCCGUAAAAAAAAAAAAAAAAGUGGUUUAAGAAACAAAGUUUAGGUGCAUCCAAUUCAAUAAAGUAUUGGGUGGUUUGUUUCAAUCUGUGCCAUUAAAUUAUUUUCUACCAUAUCUACGGUGAUUAUGCAAUUUAUCCCAUGAUGGGAAAAUUAAAGCUGUUGCCCACCAUAACCUGCAAUCAUUCAUAUCAAUUAUUAGUCAUAUAUGGUAUAGUCAUACAAUAUAUUGCAAUAUAAACUCAUGAGUAACAAGCCACCAAGUUUUAUUACAAUCAAGUUGAUUUGAAAAAAUUAAUUAAGUUGAAAACAUGGAGGGAGAUGAUAAUCCAAAGGAGAAGUUACUAGUGAAAAAAUUAAAUGAUAAUGAAGAAUUGUCAUUGGUGAAGAAGAUUUGGGAAGAGAACAAAUUGAUGUGGGUGGUGGCAGCUCCAGCAAUAUUCACAAGAUUUUCAACUUUUGGUAUUGAAGUUAUAAGUCAAGCUUUUAUUGGUCAUAUUGGUUCAAAGGAACUUGCUGCCUUUUCUCUUGUUUUCACUGUUCUUAUUAGAUUUGUCAAUGGUAUUUUGUUAGGAAUGGCAAGUGCAUUGUCAACACUAUGUGGACAAGCAUAUGGUGCAAAAAAAUAUGAAAUGAUGGGAGUAUAUCUUCAAAGAUCAUGGAUAGUUUUAUCAGUAACAGCACUCAUACUUGUUCCACUAUUCAUCUUCACAGAACCAAUUUUGAUUUUCUUAGGCCAAGAUGAAUCCAUAUCACAAAUAGCAGGAAUAAUUGGUUAUUGGUCAAUUCCAACUUUGUUUGCUUUUAUUGCCUCAUUCACUUGCCAAACAUUCCUUCAAUCACAAAGCAAGAAUAUCAUUAUUGCAUUCUUGGCAGCUUUCUCUAUUGCUGUUCAGAUAUUACUCUCUUGGCUUUUCACAAUGAAAUUCAAUUUUGGAAUUACUGGUGCAAUGGUUUCAACAAUUUUGGCAUUUUGGAUUCCAAAUAUUGGUCAAAUUAUAUUUAUUACAUGUGGUUGGUGUUCUAAUACUUGGAAAGGUUUCUCAUUUUUGGCUUUCAAAGAUCUUUGGCCUGUUGUCAAACUCUCCCUUUCAUCAGGUGUCAUGUUAUGUUUUGAGCUAUGGUACAACACAAUUUUGAUUCUUUUAACAGGCAACAUGGAAAAUGCAGAGGUUCAAAUUGAUGCUCUAUCCAUAUGUCUCAAUAUCAAUGGAUGGGAAAUGAUGAUAUCACUUGGUUUCAUGGCUGCAGCAAGUGUUAGAGUGGCAAAUGAGCUUGGAAAAGGAAGUGCCAAAGCUGCAAAGUUUGCAGUGAAUGUGAUAGUGCUUACAUCAUUCACAAUUGGGUUCCUUCUGUUUUUAUUUUUCUUAUUUUUUAGGGAAAGACUUGCUUAUAUUUUUACCUCAAAUAAAGAUGUGGCCUCAGCUGUUGGUGAUUUGUCACCUCUAUUGGCAGUUUCCAUACUACUAAACAGUGUCCAACCUGUACUAUCAGGAGUUGCUAUUGGAGCAGGGUGGCAAGGCAUUGUAGCAUAUGUAAACCUAGGUUGUUACUACAUCAUAGGCAUUCCAGUUGGGAUUGUUCUUGGUAACAUUUUACAUUUGCAAGUUAAGGGUAUAUGGAUUGGGAUGUUGUUUGGAACACUUAUUCAGACUAUAAUACUACUCAUAAUCAGCUACAGAACUGAUUGGGAAAAACAGGUAACUAUUGCUAGGAAUCGUAUGAACAAGUGGUCUAAGGUGGACACUGAUCAUGAAACAGUAGUUGCAUCAGAUAAUUAGUUUCUAUUAGAAAUAAAAUGUUCUUCGUUUUUUGUUUGACAAACUUUCGAUAUGUCAUGUUGACUAAUCGUGAGUUUAAGGGAAAGUGUUAGUAGCCCAUUAAGUUAAGCUAUUGGUAUUCUAAUGAAACCCUAGCCUCCAUCAUUUAUUUCUCUAUUUUGUAUCUCUGAAUCUAAUAAAGCUCCUUACUCCUUGUGUA